AGGAAGAGCAUAUUAUCUCCAGUGGUUUUGACGUCUUAUGUUGAUAUAAUGUCUAGUAGUUGCUGAUACAGACCCGUUUUAAACUUUGAACGAACGAUUAGAGAGUUGAAUGAGUGAUAAGCGAUCAUUAUAUUCGUUUCAGAUAUAUAGAGAGAGAUAAUAAAAAUGUAUUAUUUGGCGUUAACUGUGAUAGUUUUGCUUCUGUCAAUACUAUGGUUUUUUCCAGUUGCAAUAUAUCGAAUUUUGCUCAGAUUGUUUGUUUUGCUUUCUCCAUUCCAACAAAAGUCCGUUACUCUGGAAAAUGGUCAACAUUGUGUAUAUAUUGAAAAAGGCAAUGCAGAAAAAACUAAAAAAACAAUAUUGUUACUUCAUGGAUUCUCAGCAACAUACAUUGGCUACUUAAAAGUUGGGAAAAAAUUUGACAGCUCAUAUCAUGUUAUUGCUAUUGAUUGGCUUAAUCAUGGAAGUUCUGCUAAAGUAGAAAGAUUAGUUAAACUUGAUGAAGCAGUGAACUUUGUUCGAAUGUUUGUAAAAAAAGUUGGCCUAACUGGUAGGAAGCUUCAUGUUGUUGGUCAUUCAACAGGUGGAUAUAUUGCUGUUCACUAUGCAAUAAAAUAUCCUCAAGAAUGCGCGUCUGUAUCAAUGUUGGCUCCUUUGGGUGUUUUAAUAGCUGAAAAACUUGAUAUAGACAAGUUUUGCUCACCUAAGAAUAAAGAAGAAGUUAACAAUUUAAUUGAUUUUGUCUCUAAUGGAAAACUAAGUCUUUUACCAUCAUAUUUUAUGUAUGCUGCAAGGCUUCUUCGAUGUUCAAUGGCUGAAUCUCAUCUUCAAGUUUAUCACGGUUUCAUCAAAAAUGCAAAGUUUACAGCAGAUGACAUGAGGAAGUUAUCAAACAUACCAUCUAUUUUAAUUUGGGGAGAUACUGAUAAACUUCUUCCUACACAAGUUGGCAUUGAGUUUUUCAAAGAAAACUCUCCUACAACAGAAAUUCAUAUUUUGAAAGACGCCGGACACGCUAUCAUCGAUACAGAUGCCGAUGAAGUGUAUCGCUUAUUGCAAAGUUGGUUUGAAAGGAAUUCUACCAUAUAAAUUAAAAUAAAAGAAUUUACUAGUAUGUUUA